AUGCCAGGCCUCGAGAACACCAAGGGCGAAGACUGGAACAUCCUAGCAAACGACUAUGCGAAGAUCACCGCGCAAGUAGCGCUCGCGCCCAUCGGCCUCAUGCUCUCGCGCGCCAACGCCCUGCACCCCCUCUCCGCGGCCACCGGCAUCCUCGACAACGGCUGCGGACCGGGGCCCGUGAUGUCGCGAAUCAUCAAGGACUACGGCUCCGUCAUCCCCGGGACCUGCAGCCUGACGUGCUCAGACUUCAGCGAAGGCAUGAUUGGGGCAGUCAAGAAGAUCAAGGCGGAGAAGGAGGAGGAGAGCAAAGAAGGGAGCAGUGCGACUGCGACUGCGGCGCUGUGGAAGAGGGUCGGAUGCAAGGUGCAGAACGCCAUGGAUCUCAAUGGCAUUGGGGACGGGAGUCAGAGCCACGUCACGGCCGGCAUGGUGUAUUUCAUGACGCCCGAUCCGAUGAAGUGCCUCGCGGAAUCCCAGCGCGUCCUCCAGCCCGACGGCGUCCUCAGCUUGUCGGCGUGGCAGGGAUCGGAAUGGAUUGAGCUGAUGAAGGUCCUGCUCAAGGUCCGGCCCGACAAGACUAUGCCGACCAUGCCUGAAGCUUGGACGAGCGCGAAGGGUAUCGAAGGCGAGCUGAAGAAGGCUGGCUUCAGGGAUGUCGAGGCGCACGAAGUCCCGGUCGAGAUGACGUUCCAGGACUACGGCUCCUUCGUCGAGUUCCUGCUGGGCAAGCUGCCGCAUAUGCUUGCUUUGACGAGCGAUAUGGGUGGAGAGGAAAUCGGGAAGGUGAAGGUGGAGAUGGUGGCGGAGAUGAAGAGGAUGUGCCUGACGGAGCCUGGGAAGUUGAAGGGAGUGAGCCUCGUCGCUGUUGGGAGGAAGUGA